AUGCAGGGAAUCCACUUCCAGAGAGUGCAGGCAAUUCUAAGAGUCCCCAUAACCCCGGACCAGCUGGGGAGCAUUCCAGAUGCCAUUUACAAGUACUUGAACGAUCUCGUGGGGACGUACCAUAAAGUGUUUCGGGGCCUUGUCGUUUGCUAUACUGAGAGCUUGGGGAUUCUUGAUAGCGUUGGCUCUAUCUUGGGGACAGAUGCAAAAAUUUACGUAAAAGUUUCUGCUGAGUUUGUCGUUAUGAAAAUUGCAGUCCGCGGGAAAGUGACCGUUAAAAUCGACGAUGUUUUGGAGGGAAGCGUGUCAGGCCUUGUCUGCGGAGUUCUUCCUGCAGAGAUUUCAGGACAUGCAGGAUACUCCGGAGAGUGGGCUGGAGAAAUCCAGCGCGUGAACCUAUUCCCGCUUUUCAUCACCGUAGGGGAGAGCACAGAGUAG